UACUCAUCUGUCUUCUUCCUGCCCACAACACUUCUUUCCUUUCAACAACCACCCAAAACCUCCACCACAUCCAACAAACAAACAAACCCAGACAAAACCACACGAGUAGUCAAGAAAAUCACACACAAAACAGCAUCACAACGACGACGACCACCACCACCACCACCAUGACCGACGUCGAAACAAUCACCUCCAUCCUCUGCGGCCCACCCGGCGACGACGUCUGGCACUGGGACACCGUCUCCGCAACCUCAAUCCAAUUCAAGCCCGACGGCACAGGCCGCCUCGUUCUCGCCCAGGAACUCAACCUCUGGAUCGCCUGCCCCUUCACAUACACCCACACCCCUUCCUCCCCCCAAACCACCACCACCACCAAACCCACCACCCCCCUAACAACAACCCUCAACCUAACCCUCCACCCAACCAAACUCCCCACCCUCGACGCCGCCGAAUCCCUCGCCAUCCCCCCCGGCCGCCUCUACAACGCCGACCUCCUCCACCCCUCCACCUUCGCCCCCCACACGCGCACCAUCGCCGUCAGUCUCGAAAAAGGCCGUUUCCAGACCCAGUUUGAGCAGCGGCAUCGCGACUCGGGGGUCGGUUGGCCCGAGUUUGAGUGGAAGGUUAGGUUUGAGCCGAGUGUGUUUCCGGGGAGGGAGGCGUGGAGGGAGGCGCGUGGGGCGCCGGAUGCGAUGCGGUUUUGGACGUGGGAUGAGUUUUAUCGCGGGAGGGUUGGGGUUAAGGGGGAUGGGAAUGGGGGGUGGAGGGGGUGGUGUGGGGUUAUGUAG